AAGGAGGGAUCUUGGUGAUUUUAUUCUUUCCAGGAGCAAUAGACUUGCAAGGUGGGAGUCAGGCAGCAGCAGCAGCAGAGGAGCGGGGGAUCCUGUAGUAACCGGCAGGGGAGCAAAAGACGCAGCGACAUCUCCCUGUGUGUGAGGCAAGUGCAUCUUGUGGACAGUGCGACUCCCCCGCUUGCCUGGAGCAGUGAAGAAAGAGGAGGAGGAUCCGUGGGAGGGAAAGACAUUGAAUAAAGAGAAUGAGUUGAGCGAGGAGCACCCUGACCCCCCUGAUCAAACAAUCGCCUUCUCCUGCAUUGGGGAGAGAUCGAGAGGAGCCCGGGCUGCCCCACUCCCUGCUCUGCCGCUGAUGGGCUUUAGUUGCACUUCUCUAAUGGAAAUGCAGCUUCGCGUGUGAUUGUCUCGCUUCUAAAUCGCAGCGUUUACUUCCCAGAGCCCCGGGGGAGCCUGGAGGAAGCUUAAGCCCCAUUUUUCCCAAUAAGAAGUUCUGAGCUCCCCCCGGGGACUUCAAUAGUUCGGGCUGCUUCUUUGACAGGGGCACAGGUCGUAGAGGAGCGACUGGCUGCGACUGUGCGACUGGCUGCGUCUGUGUCCGGACAAGUUCAUCGCUCAGGACCUGGGAAUUCUUUGAGCGAUUGAUCGCGCGGUGUGUGGGGGGUCGGGUUCAGUUGGAUGUAUCGGAAUCUCUUGGGGAUUUCACUGCCGUUUCCUCCUCGUUUAUCGGUGGAAGCUGAGGGCAUGGGGGCAAGCUGCGAGUCUCUGAUGGGAGUUGUAUUACUUUGCCAGUUUCUGGCUUGUCAGCUGUGGUUUGCGGCAGCAGCAUCGGAUUCGCUUUACGAUGUGUCUUACUCAAUUACUGCAGUCAAGCCUAGAGUGGAUGAAAUUGUUUCGGUGGACACGCACAUGUAUAGCCACAGAUGGAAGAGACAGUCAGUGGAUACAAACAGGCCAAGUGUUGGACAAGACUUCCCUGACAUGUUCCUUGAAGGUACAAAUGAAAAUGGCACCGAGAUUGAGGAGGAUACUGAUCACAAGUAUUACACGUCUAGAACAUAUGGGCCACUGGAUUCUGCCAGUCGGGAUUUAUGGGUGAACAUGGAUCAAAUGGAAAAAGAAAAAGUGAAGAUUCAUGGAAUACUCUCAAACACACAUCGUCAAGCUGCGAGAGUGAACCUGUCCUUUGAUUUUCCAUUUUACGGCCAUUUUCUACGUGAAAUUACUGUGGCGACUGGAGGUUUUAUUUAUACAGGAGAAGUGGUCCAUCGAAUGCUGACCGCCACGCAGUAUAUUGCUCCAUUAAUGGCUAAUUUCGAUCCGAGCGUGUCCAGAAAUUCAACCGUCAGAUACUUUGAUAAUGGUACUGCACUUGUUGUUCAAUGGGACCAUGUCCAUUUACGGGACAACUACACCCUUGGAAGUUUCACAUUCCAGGCCACAUUAAUUAAUGAUGGGCGGAUAGUAUUUGGCUAUAAGGAUAUUCCUGUUCCAGUGAUGCAGAUAAGCUCGACCAAUCAUCCAGUCAAAGUGGGGCUGUCAGACGCUUUUGUGGUGGUUCACAAGAUUCAGCAAAUUCCCAAUGUUCGUAGAAGGACCAUUUUUGAGUAUCACAGAGUGGAGCUGGAAAUGACCAAAAUUACCAGCGUCUCUGCUGUUGAAAUGCUGCCACUGCCAACCUGUCUCCAGUUUAACAGCUGUAGUUCUUGUGUCUCGUCCAUGAUUGGCUUCAAUUGCAGCUGGUGCAAUAUUCUCCAAAGGUGUUCCAGCGGAUUUGACCGUCACCGACAAGAUUGGGUAGAAAAUGGCUGCGCUGAAGAGUCCAAAGAUACAGUUUGUGAUGACCUGCUUCAGACAACUGGAGUUUCACAUCACGCAACCACGGAACUUCAUGCAACAACCUCAAUAUAUGCUUUCACUACAACCACAAAAUUGGCAUCCCAUCUUCCUAGCAGCCUUCCGACAGAAGAUGACACAAAAAUAGCCCUUCAUCUCAAAGACAACGGAGCAUCUACAGAUAACAGUGCUGCUGAGAUCAAAAAAGGAACCCUACACCCGGGACUAAUCAUAGGAAUACUGAUAUUGGUUCUGCUUAUAAUUACCGCCAUUCUUGUGGCAGUCUACAUGUACCAUCAUCCAACAUCAUCGGCUAGUCUCUUUUUAAUUGAGCGCCGUCCAAGCAGGUGGCCAGCCAUGAAGUUCAGAAGAGGUUCAGGACAUCCUGCCUAUGCUGAAGUGGAGCCCAUUGGAGAAAAAGAAGGUUUCAUUGUCUCUGAGCAAUGUUAAAAAUUUUUUGAACAAACCACCAGUACUGGUUUCUGGUGUGACAUUUAAUUUUUUGAUAUAUUUUCCAAGGAAAGCUGUGAGCUACCAAUGCUGAAGCAGAAAAUGAUUUCUGGCAAGAGCUUAAAAAGAUGAAAGAGCCUUUUCCUCUCUCAUAUUCAAUCGCCUCUCACAGUGGUUUUCCCUUGUGGAAUCUUACCGAAAAUGCCAAGAAUCACCAUUGGAUAAGAGUAGAAAAAUAUACAGGGACUCUUCUACUGGCUUCAGGAGAGAAAUGAGAAAAAUAACUUUGAGUGUUUUUAUUAUACAGGGCAUCUCCAUACUGUUAUUGAGGUCUUUCAUGGGAUUACACAUGGACAAUACAUGUGCGAAAAACAAACCAAUAUAUCAAACAUAGAGGUGAAGGAAAAUCUUAUAUAGCGUAAGCAAGUAGGAGAACCUUAAAUAUACAAUGGUAUGAUAUUGCAUCAAGUACAACAAAGAACAUAUGUUGCUGUCACUGCCAACAUUGGUGUGUUAAUAACAUGCUUAUAUUUUCAGAUACAUUAGUAAUGUGCACCAUUAAUGGGCAAGCCCAAAAAAGAUUUAUAUUAGAAAUGAUGUAUCUAAUUCAUAGGACCAGCCUAGGAUGAUCGUUCCAAAAGUGAUGACUGAUGCCAACAAGUUGUACCCCAGAAGUUGAUAUUUGUAAGUAUUUUUUGUGUAACACCCCAGUGGUGACAUCACAGGACAUGAAAGGAGUGGUCUCAUCAGUAUUGGAGAAUGCUCAGCAAACGACAACCAGCAGUGGAGAGCAGACUGAGCAUGUGCACUAUGGAUAACACAUUUGGAGCUGUUCAUCAUCAAUGUCAUUGGGCAAUACAGUUAGCCCUGUGCACGGUACAACUGCUUCAAUGGUUUUACCAAAUUAUGAUGUGUUACGGUUGAUUCAGAGUCCUAUUUAUC